GUCAAGUGGUUGAACACACCCCAUCCUGGUCCAGAGCAGAACUACGUGUGCUGAGAUGCGCACUCAGCGCGUCGCUCUUCCCGCGCGGACACUGCAGUGUAGGUUACCGUGCCAUCGCUGCUGCGGCUGCUCGCUCCCGACACCACGUCCCGCUGCAGACUUCCCGGGUCCGGGUAGAACAGGGAAGCGCUGAAAGCCAUGGCCGAGUCCAACCCGCCCCGGGGCUUUCCCCGUCUGCGCCGGGCCGCGACCUCAUUUCCAGGAAAUCUGCAUUUGGUCUUGGUGCUCCACCCCUCUGGCUUGUUAAGCUCUGCCCCCAGUCCGUCUUCCAGCACUGACCUGGGCUUCCGCUUCAGCCAGGAUGACUUCCUGUUAAAGAUGCCGGUGGUGAUGCUGCGUUCAGUUGGUGAUCUGCUGCGCUACAUUGACGAAAACCACCUGACAUCAGACUUCACUGCAAAAGUGGAGUACUGCCAAAGUGACUGGAUCGUCCUCCGCACGGCCAUUGAGACCUUUGCAGUGACAGUGAAGGAGAUCGCCCAGCUGCUGCAAGGCUUUGGAUCAGAGCUAUCUGAGACCGAACUUCCAGAUGAAGCUAGUGCCAUCGAGUUCCUGCUGCACUCACACACACACCGAUACCGACAGAUGAAGGACGAUAUCCGGAGCGUGCUGAAAGAAGGACGACUGCUGCUGUCGAACCUGGAGACUGUCAAGGCCUCUAAGAGAGAUGUAGAGGAGGAGAGGGACCUAAAAUCAGACAUGGACACUGUUCACAGGCUCCUGACUCAGCUCAGAGACAUGGAGGAGGCGUUUGAUGGCUUCUUUGAGAAACACCACCUGAAGAUGCAGCAGUACCUCCAGCUGCUGCAUUAUGAAAUGAGUUUCCAGCAGAUGGAGGAGGUACUGGAGAGGAUCACUAACCAGGAGAUGGGCAUUGCCUCUGUGGGAACCACGGUGGUGCAGACAGAACAGCUAUUGACAGACCUGGCGAAGCUGGACACACACGCUCAGGAGGAGAUGGCUCGUGCCCAGGUGGUUAUCCUGCAUGGCCACCAGAUGGCCACCAACCACCAUUACGCCCUGGCGCUCAUCAUCCAACGUUGCAAUGAGCUGCGACAUCGCUGUGACAUCAUCACCACUGCCAUACGCACCAAGCGGGCCUCCCUUAGCCGAGCACGAGACCUGCUGCUCCGCCUCGAAGGGGCCCUUCGGUGGUGUGACGAGGGCGCCUAUCUUCUGGCAAGUCAGAUGGUGGACAAGUUCCAAACCAGAGAGGGAGCGCAGGAGGCACUGCAGUACCUGAGCUUCCACCAGGAGAGGGCGCCAUCCGCGCUGAAAAACAGCCAGGACAUUCUGAGCCUUGAGUUGGAAGCCAUACUCACCCCACAGCUGCAGUCCCAAAUUUCCAUUGUUACAGAGAAGCUGAACUCGAUGCUGUCCAUGAUUAGAAACAGAGAGCAGUGUCUGAAAAAGUUGGCGGAUGUACAAGUCAGACCGAUUCAGCUGGUGGCCCCAAGGCCUGAACCCGACCACACCUCGCAGCGCUGCAAGUCACCCCUCUUCUCCCCCAAACAUGGUGUAGACUUUAACGUCCUAAAUUCCAAGUUCUCCUUUGACCUGCUACCUGGCAAAAGAGCCGCAAGGAGAAACAACAGCCAACGCAAGAUUGAGGUAAUGCAUGAUUUCCAAGGCAACUGCAGCUCUCUGUAUGGAUCCACCACUGAAACAGAUUCAGAGGCAGAAGACAAUCCAGAGCAGGUCACACGCCAUAUAAUGAAGGAACUAAUAGCUACAGAGAGGAUCUAUGUGGACGAGCUGCUCUCUGUCCUUUUGGGCUACAGGGCAGAAAUGGAGGACCCAUCCAUGUCUAAUCUUCUUCCUUCAGCUCUACGCAGCCAGAAGGAUGUUCUGUUUGGCAACAUGCCAGAGAUUUACCAGUUCCACAGCAGGAUCUUCCUCCAGGAUCUGCAGGGUUGCCUGGAGACACCAGAGAGGGUGGGGGCUUGCUUCCUGCAACGGAAGAAGAAGUUCCAGGUGUAUGAGCGUUACUGCCAAAACAAGCCUCACUCUGAGUUGCUAUGGAGACAGUGCUCUGAUUCACCCUUCUUUCAGGAGUGCCAGAAUAAGCUGGACCACAAGCUGGGUCUGAACUCUUACCUCCUGAAACCAGUCCAACGCCUCACCAAGUACCAGCUGCUACUCAAGGAGCUGUUGAAGCACUGUACAGAGGAGCGAUACCGAUAUGAACUCCAGGAGGCUCUCAACUCCAUGCUGGAGCUGCUGAAGUCUGUCAACGACUCCAUGCAUCAGAUAGCCAUCACUGGAUAUCAGGGUGACCUCAGUCAGCUGGGCCGAGUGGUGAUGCAGGGAGGCUUCAGCGUGUGGAUCAGCCAUAAGAGGGCAGCGGUGCGCAUGAAGGAGCUGGCCAGGUUCAAACCCAUGCAGAGACACCUCUUCCUCUAUGACCUCGCCCUGCUCUUCUGCAAACGCAGAGACGAUGACACUUACGACAGGACGCCCUUCUACAGCUUCAAAUCCUGUCUCAGAAUGAGUGCAGUGGGAAUCACAGAAAAUGUGAAAGGAGAUGUGAAAAAAUUUGAAAUCUGGUACAGUGGCAGAGAAGUAGUGUACAUAGUUCAGGCUCCCACACUGGAGGUCAAAGUUGCCUGGCUGACAGAGAUUCGAAAAAUUCUCACCAACCAGCAGAAAAUGCGCCAAGAUGAGACUCCUCUUUCAGACAACCCUCCUUCUGACAGUGCAUCAGAGAUGUGUGUGUCGUGGGGCGGAGCAUCGGUGGGAGGCUGCUCAGCGUGUCUCCCUGUUCCUCACAGCUCCUCUGCAACAAACCACUCCCACAGGCUACGAUGGGAGGAGUCAAUACACACUAGCCCCGCCCACUCGGAACCCGUGGUUAACUCACCUCAACGCACUUGGCCUGUUCCUGCACACUCAGUGGCGAUCUGUGAGGGCCUGGAGGACUGGGGUGCAGCUACAGACCUCUCCAACCUAUCGGACUCAGACGAGGAGGAUCAGCCCGCCCCCCUGGUGGCGGGCAGGUACAGGGUCAUGGUAGAGAGCAGCAUGGCCAGCAUGGAUGACAUCAUUUUUAACUGCGGGGACGUCAUCCAGCUGCUGCAUGAAGAAUUGUCGGGAAUGUGGAUGGUAAAGAAUAUAAGUCGUGGGGAAGAAGGGCGUGUUCUAUCUGAGGACCUGCAUAGGAUUCUGGGAGAAACAUGCUAAGAGCCAAUCAGAACAGAGGAUAGAAGAAAUACUUCAUCAACUUCCUGACCAAAAGGGGGCAUCUGACUGCAAAGACGUUCAGCAGAUCAACAGAUUGAAGCACAUCAACUGCAUAUUUAACUACUGUGACACUUUGACCUCAGAAGGCUGUAAACUACAGAAUGGACCUCAGACUGUAGCAAUACAAAGCACAUAUGUGGGAUCUUUUUAUUUAUUUAUCUAUUCCAGCAGUAAUUCAGUAGAUUAUUUAGACUUGGGGUUGUAACUGAAGACGUUGAACUUUUUUGUCUUC